ACCAAGAAAAUUGGUCGAACUUUAUCAAAAAAAAUCUGAUUGUAAUUUGUAAAUAAUUGAUCAAUUUUAAUUUUAGUUAGUAGAAAUAGAUCUAAGAUUUAAUUUAUAAAAUUAUUAAUACGCUAAAUCAUUUCGUUUAUUUUUCUUCAUAUAUUUUAAAAUGGUCCGUACUUGCAAUGAUUUUCAACAAGUACAACCUCAGUUUAAAUUUGGAGUAUUAGCUCUUCAGGGGGCUUUCCAAGAACACAUACAUAUGUUACAAAAUAUUUCACAAGUUUCUUCCGCUAUACCUAUACGUAAAGCAGAACAACUAGAAACAAUUGAUGCUUUAAUAAUACCUGGUGGAGAGUCAACUACAAUGGCCUUAAUAGCCGAACGUAGUGGGUUAAUGGAACCUCUUCGGAAAUUCGUGCGUGACGAAAAACCUACUUGGGGUACAUGCGCCGGUAUGAUAUUAUUAGCUAAUGAAGCCAAUAAAGUUAAGAAAGGUGGACAAGAUUUGAUAGGUGGACUGAAUAUCACGGUUAAUCGAAAUCAAUUCGGCAGCCAAAUCGAUUCAUUUGAAUCGUUAUUACACAUUAAUCACAUUACAACUUCAUCAGAUGAUUUAUUUCCCGCUAUAUUUAUUCGCGCUCCAAUCAUUUCUUCAAUUAACUCAUCUAAUGUAGAAGUUCUUGCUCGAUUGGAGCAUGAUAUAGGUGAAACGGAUGCUUCUUCAAUUGUAGCUGUUAGACAAGGUAGUCUGUUAGGUACAGCUUUUCAUCCUGAAUUAACAAAUGAUGAUCGUAUACAUAAAUAUUUUGUACAGCUCACUCAAGAUCAUUAUAAUACUGGGAAAGGAAGGAAUGAGUAAUUUUCAACAUUAAUUUCUUAGAAUAAAAGCAAAUUCAUAUUACUAUUGAUUAAUAAAAAAACAUUUUUUGUAUUUUAAAAAAAAGUUCAUUCAUUAU